AAACUAGGUGACAGGAGGUGUCAAAACCAGCUGGUCUGCUGGGUAAGAGAAAUGUUUUGUGAUCGAUCGAAUUGUUUUGAGGCAUCUGGUCGUGUACCAAAUGGAAUCCUUCUUUAGUGGUGUCCGUAGUAGUCUCAGUGGCAGGGAGACAAUUAUAAAGCAAUCCCUGAUCUCUGCACUCUCCGAAAAUGCCCGUGAGAUACAAUUUGAGUAUGCUGAGAAUAAUUGUGAACUUCUGGAGCUCACAGAGAGCACAAAUUCCUUCUGUACAACCAUUGAGGCAAUCUUCCUACACGGCAUUAAGGGAUCAUUUGUCCGGAAGACAAUUAGUGUGAUUGCCAAUGAAAUCAAUAGACGUCCAGAACCAAGUUUCUGGCCAAUCCUCCUAAUCUUCUCCCACAAGCAGUUUAUCGAUCAAAUUCAAUCCUUGACACAGGUUAGCAAGGAGAUUGGCUACUGCAGAGCAUGGAUACGUUUGCUAAUCAACGACGGACUCCUGUCGUCACACCUUAAGACAAUUCGCAAUGACUCAUCUGCCCUCAAUCCCUACUACAACCGACACGCCCUGCUCAAAGAUAAUGACAGGCUUGAAGUGGCCGAAAGGAUUCUUGAAGGUAUUGAAGCAUGCAUCCGCUUCAAUUUGCCAUACAAUUCCAGUUUGCUCAAUCAGUGGACAGAUCAACCACUCCAAAUGGCAGGGAUUUGGGCACCACCCCUUAAAUCAUACCCCAUUGCAUCGGGAGUGGAUGUUGCAAGUUCCCUGAGUGAUGAUGUUCCCAUUGAACUACCACCACAACCCAAACCCCUGUCUAUUGAUCAAGUGUACGAAGACUCCAUUUCCAAUUCAAUGUUCUCAACGUCCCCUCUUAAUCAGCCAAGAGCAGCUGAUUUGUCUUCUGAGGAAAAUUUUGAUAUUCUCAUGCAGAAAGUAUCUGCAGAUGAUGAGAUUGUUGCCGAAAGGACAAAGGAGAGAAAGCGCUCGGGAGGUGGAAAUUCACUCGACCAACGAGAAGGAUGGUCAUCACCGACUGACCAGAAGGAGACACAGCAGCAAAAAGAACCCCCAAAGAUUCUAAGUCGCUCAAAUAGCAUGACACAGUCGAUUGUUUCAACGCAGUCAACAUCCGCUGAUCGUCAGAGCUUCAACACCCUCCUAGCAAAGCACGCAGAUCGUAACACCUACGCAACCACAUUUGAUUUGAGCAACAUCUGGGAUCAGUUGGAAGCCCAGUACGCAGCAAAUGUCAAUCGUACACCAACCGAGAAGACACCAUCGCAGAAUGAAAGCGAUGAAGACCUCAGUUUUGAGAUGAUUGAUUCCCUAACGGAGAAAUUCAACCUGGACGAACUGCGGACUUUCAUUGCACAGACGUGCACACUUGCCCGAGAGCAGGGUCUCGAUCGGCAGGGUUUUAUGUGUCAAGGAUGCUCAAGUCCAUUCGGUAUUGGUGUAACACCACCGCAGGUUUGCUCCUUCUCCGGCCACUACUUCUGCGACGCAUGCAUGAGUCAAGAUCUCCACGUGAUUCCCGCCAAAGUAAUUCACAAUUGGGACUUUAGACGCUUCCCGGUGUCGCAGAAAGCUUCAAAGUUCCUCUUUGAAUUCCAACAACAACCAAUAAUUGACAUGAAGAUCGUCAAUUCGGACAUCUACGGGGCAGUUAGUGAAAUGGCUGAACUACAAUCCCUGCGGAUUCAGCUGAACUUCAUUCGAGCCUACCUUUUUACGUGCAACCGGGAGAUGAUGAAUAAAUUCCAGGAGCAAGUGUGUGGGAAGACUUACCUGUACGAACACAUCCAUCGCUACUCAAUUGGUGACAUAACACAGCAAAUACCAAAGGGGAGUCUCAAGCAGCUACUGAGGAAGGCAAUUCAAUUUGGACAGGAGCACAUCCUUAAUUGUCGGCUGUGCAGCCAACGUGGGUUUAUCUGUGAAAUCUGUAGAAGCCAAAAGGUGCUCUAUCCCUUUAACAUUGACACCACAUUCCGGUGCGACGUUUGUGGAGCUGUUUUCCACGAUACCUGCUUGAAUGCAUUGCAACCAUGCCCCAAGUGCGAUAGGAGGAAGAAAAGGGAAGACUUACCACUACAGGAUGCUCUUGAAUCCAUUCAGGAAGACUAAUAAAGGACGCCUCCAGCUUCUGCAGCAAAGCUGUGCUUUUGUGUUUAAUAAAUUUUACCCAAUGAA